AUGCGAGCUGUGCUUGGCCUGCGCUGCACCACUUGGCGGUUGUCGGUGGUCGGCCGGCGGCACUUCUCGUACGAGGACACCCUGGCUUUCCGCUUGCAUGGCCCAAAACCACAAGCUGUGGUCAUCCAUCCCGUUCUGACGGCCGGCGCUGCUGGCUGGGGGAAACCUUGGCAACAAAUCCUCUGGGAUGCUGAGGAGGCACUGGGCCUGGCGAGAGCCAACCGAUGGGACUUACUGCCAGGACCAAACGGCGAGCCUUCUGGGGGCUGGGACCACGAGGCUUUUGCGGCUGCUGAGGCAGAAGACCUGCUUCGACGCCAGGCCUCGGGUGCCUGGUCGGCGCCUGAAGGCUGGCACCUCGACCGCGGAGAGGAGGAGAGCGAUGACGAGUAUGACAUACAUGAAGCGGCCUGGAAAAACGGCAAGGUGAAGAGACAAUGGGCAGAGACUUGCAUCCAGAAGGUCCGGCAGAUAGAUCCAAACACCUUCUUCGGCAAGGGCAAGGUCACCGAGCUGGCUUUGUAUUUGGCCGAGAAUCCAUGUAGCUAUGUCUUCAUCAACACGACGCUGACACCGAACCAGACGCGCAAUCUGGAGACGGUAUUCAACAAUGCCGUGGCAGCAGGGGACGCAAACGAGCGGCGUGAGCAGGGCUUGGCAGUCCCAAAAGGGGGCAGCAAGGCCUCUGUAGAGGUCAUCGACCGCAACCGCUUGGUACUAGAGAUCUUCAGCCUACGAGCUCGCACACCGCAGGCCAAAGUGCAGGUGGGGCUGGCCCGGCUGGAGUAUCUGAAGACUCGGCUUACCUUGGGCACCAAAGCGCGCCUGCGGGAAACGAUCAAGCUGCUACACGAGCAAGUGGGCCCCUUCAAAGAGGUCACUGGCUUCAAGAGCGACGUGGAGAUUCAGUACCACUACGAGACGACGCCGUUUGAAACAGAGCGGACACUCCUACGCAUCGCGCAAGCGCGUAUGAAGAAGUUUCUGGAGACGGAGAAGAGGUCGCGGAAGCUGCAGCGCAUAAACCGCGAGGGUGUGCCAACUAUCGGCAUCGUGGGAUACACGAACGCAGGGAAGACCUCUCUGAUGAACCGCCUCACCGAUGCAGGCCUACGUGAAAGAGACCUCCUGUUCCAGACCCUGGAUACAACAAUGAGGAGGGUCAAGCUGCCUUCCGGCGGGCAUGCAAUCAUUGCUGACAGCAUUGGCUUCAUCCAGCACUUGCCGCACAAUCUCUUUGCGGCUUUCCAGUCAACACUAGACGAGAUCGUGAGCUGCGACGUGCUACUGCAUGUCAGGGACAUUGCACAUCCCCAGCGCACCAUGCAGAAGGACAUCGUGCUGAAGACGCUGCGUAGCGCUGGAAUGCCUGAGAACAAGCUGCAGUCCUCGGUGAUCGAGGUGUGGAACAAGAUCGACCUCCUGAGCUCUCUGAGCUAUGUGCCUCCAGAAGCCGUGCCCAUCUGCGCGGCGGACGGCACCGGGGUGGACGACCUGCUCCACGUCCUGGAUGCUGUUAUAGGCGCCCAGCUCGACAAGCAGCGGCGAACGGUGAAGUUUCCUCAGCAGCUCAUGCCACAGGUGAUGGCCUUUCUUCACAAGAACGGCGCGGUGGAUCAAGAAUCACUGUCCAUCGAAGAGGACGGCGACUCAAAGACGGCGCAGGUGUGCAUUGAUGCUGUGCUGCCGGCCGUGGGCUGGAAGCGCUGGGAAGCAGAGUGGCGAAAUCUUCAAGAGAUCUGA